AUGAAAGCCUCUAAGGGCCUACGUGAAAAUCUAGCUGGAAACAGUAAGCUCACGUUUGCCUGGAAAAUCACCAGCUGGGGUGAUGGUGUAGCUAUGGCUGAGGGGGUAUUGGGAUCCAGGGAAGGGGAGUCUCGUGGCACCAGGGAAGCAGUGAAAUGUGAGUGUGCCUUUAAGGGACCCAUGUGGGCUCAGCCCAGGACAUUCCCUGUUAGGGUGGACCCACAAUGGCCAUUAAGAGCGCACACGGUCACUCUGAUCCCAGCAGGAAAGCCUAAGUUUGCUGCAUGCUUCUGGUAUCGAGAUGAGCAAGUGGAAUCAAAACGGAUCUUCGCAUAUAUUCCAUCAUAUUAUCAUCAAGAUGAUGGUCCAGCCUUCACCGGGCGGGAGACUCCAGGCCCAAACUGUUCCCUGACCAUCAGCCGGUUGACCUUGAAUGACACUGGAAUCUAUAUAGUGAGGAAGACUUUGGUUGGUGGUACUGAAAUAGGGCGUGCGCAUGUACAGGAAUCAGAGUGGCUGGACAAGCCCACCGUCUCUGCCUUCCCAUGCCGUUAUGCCGUAGAGUUCAAGAAUUCUGUUAAUCUAACUUGCGAGAACCUCUCUGGACCCGCAACAGUUCGCUGGUUCAAGAACAGCCGCCCUGUUGGGGAAAGUGUUCGUAUUAACUUGACUGGGAAUAACCGGACGCUCUCCAUCCCGAACAUAACCCGAGACGAUGCUGGCCGAUACCAGUGCCAAUUGUCCGACUCUGAGAACACCGAAAUAAGUGAUGUCAAAUACGUCGAUGUGAUCUAUGGGCCCGAAAUACCUGUGAUCCACCCACCUGAAAGCCUUUACCGAGAGCAUUCCGACCUGAGGCUGACCUGCAAGGCUGAAACUAUUCCCGACGCACGUUACAUCUGGUUUUGCAAUGGGAUGCAGUGCGGCACAAGAUCGGAGCUGAUCAUCCGGGAUAUCACCGUAAAGCAUUCUGGGAAUUAUGUCUGCCAGGCCGUGAACGUUCUCAGUCUCCAGAAGAGGAACAAGACGCAGGAGAUUGAGGUGGAAAGAAUUCCAGUGCGUGACGUCACAGUCACUGGCCCCUCCGUGGCCACCGAAGACCAGCCUGUCACUUUGAUGUGCACCUCUGCAGGCAGCUCAGUUUCGUACUCCUGGUUUAAGGGGGGCCAGAGUCUGGAACCAGGAUAUCAUAUUCUUCUGACCAACAACACCCAGAAUCUCACGCUCGACCCAAGUCACCGGAGUCACUCUGGCAUCUAUACUUGCAAGGGAUCCAACAGCAUCUCUUCCGCUUCCAGUGAGCCUCACCGGCUGGAUAUUCUAUACGGACCCGAUCCACCUAUUAUCCAUGAUAUUAUUGACCUGGACCGUUCCAAGUUCCACCUGUCCUGCAGAGCUGAAUCAAAUCCGGCCGCAAGCUACAUCUGGUUUCUCAACAGGGAGUUGCUCCCUGACCAACCCAGCGUGCUUGUUAUGGACCUUGCUAAAGACAAUGGUGGGAAUUAUACCUGCCAAGCUGAGAACAGAAGCACCCAACAGAAGAGAAAUAGCACCUUUGAAAUCGAGGUGAUAGAUAAGAUCGCUGUCAUCUUGAGUUCCUGCUUCCUGCUGACCCAAGCCCAGCACAUCCCUGUUAGGUUGGACCCACAAUGGCCAUUAAGAGGACAGACCGUCACUCUGAUUCCAGCAGGAAAGCCUGAGAUUAUUACAUGCACCUGGUAUCGAGAUGAGGAAGUGGAAUCAAAAGAGAUCUUCACGUAUAUUCCAUCAAUUCCCGAGCAACAGAACGGUCCAGCCUUCACUGGACGGGAGUCUGCAGGCCCAAACUGUUCCCUGGCCAUCAGCCGGUUGACCUUGAAUGACACUGGAAUCUAUAUAGUGAGGAAGACUGUGAGGGGUGGUCCUGAAACAGGGCAUGCGCAAGUACAGGUCUCAGACAGGCUGGACAAGCCCACCGUCUCUGCCUUCCCUUGCCCUUACGGCGUAGAGUUCAAUGAUUCUGUUACUCUAACUUGCGAGAACCUCUCUGGAUCUGCAACAGUUCGCUGGUUCAAGAACAGCCGCCCUCUUGGGAAAAGUGUUCGUAUUCACCUGACUGGGAAUAACCGGACGCUCUCCAUCCCGAACAUAACCCGAGACGAGGCAGGCCUAUACCAGUGCGAAGUGUCCGACUCUGCAAACACUGAAAUAAGCGAUGUCAAAUACGUCGAUGUGAUCUAUGGGCCCGAAGUACCCGUGAUCCACCCACCUGAAAGGCUUUACCGAGAGCAUUCCGACCUGAGACUGACCUGUGAAGCCGACACUUUCCCCGACGCACAUUAUAUCUGGUUUUGCAAUGGAUUGCAGUGCGGCACAAAGUCGGAGCUGCUCAUUCAGAAUGUAACCCUAAAGCAUUCUGGGAAUUAUGUUUGCCAAGCCAUGAACGUUCUCACUCUCCAGAAGAGGAACACGACGCAGGAGAUUGAGGUGGAAGGGGUUCAGGUGCGUGACGUCACGGUCACUGGCCCCUCCGUGGCCACCGAAGACCAGCCCGUCACUUUGAUGUGCACCUCUGCAGGCACCUCUAAGCUGAUGCAGGAACGCACCCUCGCUCCACACCACACGGAAUGUGGCUGGGUCAAGACCACACGGCAACUUGGCGGCAGCUGCUCAGGAAGCCGAGGGCCUAAUGAGGCCAGCCCAGCUUACAAGCCUACCCCGCAAGAGUAUGUUGUGAUGACAGACGGGGGUGAUUUCAUCUGGCUACACCUCCCCAGAACCAUCAUGAGCAAUCUUGCGCAGUUGAACACUGGCGGACAUGGCCAGGAAGGAAUUCUAAGGGUUGCUCCAGGCGCCCCAGUAAUCCCCAGUAUCCACAGGGGAAGAGGACCAGGUGAAAGGACCAGUAAGAUGAACGUACAGAUGAAGCUGCCUUAUCAGGCUCGUCUAGACAGACCUCUCCAAGUUGACUUCAUCAUCUUCCUUAUCUUAAGUGCCUGCGGCUCAAACCCCAUGAAAAAGACAACCGGUCUUAUAGGUCCUCCUAAAAACUGCACCACCAUCAACCCACUCCUCAUUCCACAAGGAACAAGUUCUAGUAAAUGCCAACAGGCCACCUUAAGUUUUCCGAGCAUGUACAGAGCGCUCCACCCUAGCCAGGCAGGGGGUGUGGCCCCAGCGCCUCGCCCUCCUUCCCUCCUCGUACCUUUGGCUUUGGGGCGCCCCUCUUGCUUCUUGCCCUCGGCGGGGGGCGCCCCAGCCUGGCCCUUCUGCUGCUUCUUCUUCCGCCUGCCGCGCAGCCAGCUGAAGGCCCGGCGCAGGCUGGACGAGCCGCCUUUGGAUUUCUUCUUCUUGGGGGGCGACGCGGCCGGGGAGGCGCUCCCCUUGUCGGCGGGAAUCCAGGUGUCGUCGGGAGGCGCCGCAGGUGCGCUCUUCCCGGCCAUCUCCCAAAAGAGCGGGGCGGGCGAGACGGGGGGGGGGGCUCCGCUGGCGGCGGGGAGGCGCGCGCCGCCGUCGCCCCCUCUUCCGGCCCUGCUCGGCGGCGGAGUGGGUCACUGGCCGGCCAGGGGAGCCGCGGCGGCGGCGAGAGGCGGGUGUCCCAUGGAGGUGAGUCUCUCCGCCGCGCGCCCUGCCUCUCCGAAGGGCCCCUCUGCCCGCCGCUGCGCCCUGGUUCCCGAGAAGGCUCCCCGGCGCCUUCCCGGUGGGGCUGCCCCUCUUGGCGGCCCCCCAAUUGCUUCCCUUGUCUCGGGUCUCCCCGAUCGGCCAGGCGCGAAAGCAGCAGCAGCCGCCGGGGAAAGUUUCGCCCGGACGGGAGGGUGUGUGGGGCGGCCGGGCGGGGCCUGCCGAGCGCGCCGGGGUGUGGAGAGGUUCCCCUCCUCCAACGCGCUGCUGCUGCCGCUGCCUCCCCGGCGCACGAGCUGCCCUGCUCUGCUUGCCGGUCGCCGCCGCUCCCCCGGGCUCAGUCCCCGCUUCGGCUCGGAGGGGAUCCCCGGGGAGGAAGCGGCGAGCAGACCGGGCAUGGGCUCCGUUCAGCCCCGGAAUCUCUUUUCGGCGCGGAGCCUUGGGAGGUAA